AUGUUGCGACAGAUAACCUAUUCGACCACCCGGUUUGGCAUUUACGAGGAGCUAAAGUCCCGCUUCUCGACUCCCGAUUCACCUCCCGGUCUAUUAGCCUUGGUUGGAAUUGCAUGUGCUUCGGGCUUUAUCGGCGGGAUCGCUGGGAACCCAGCCGACGUUCUGAACGUGCGCAUGCAGUCUGAUGCUGCACUUCCCCCAGACCAACGACGUAACUACCGACACGCGUUCCACGGCUUGGUUCAGAUGACUCGUACAGAAGGUCCCGCCAGUCUUUUCCGCGGAGUGUGGCCCAACUCGACUCGGGCCGUGCUGAUGACAGCAUCGCAAUUGGCGUCGUACGAUACCUUCAAGCGCAUCUGCAUCCAGAAACUUGGAAUGUCCGAUAACCUGGGAACGCACUUCUCCGCUUCCUUGAUGGCCGGGUUUGUCGCCACAACCGUCUGCAGUCCCGUGGACGUGAUCAAGACCCGCGUGAUGAGUGCUACCCCAGCAGAGAGCCGUGGACACAGUCUCCUGGGUCUUUUACGCGAUAUCUAUUGCAAGGAGGGAUUUACCUGGGCCUUCCGCGGUUGGGUUCCUAGCUUUAUUCGUCUAGGUCCUCAUACCAUCGCUACGUUUAUCUUCUUGGAAGAGCAUAAGAAACUCUACCGUUUUUUGAAGGGAAUCCCUGAGGAAAAGUGCAAAGCAUAG